AUGGCCCCACGAUGCCCCAGACUCGACCUUAUUGGCGAGCAGCCACACCUGAAUGACUUCCGCACACGUGUGCUCAAACUACAGAAAUACGUUUCCUACGACCACGUCUUUGCCGCAUACAGAAAUGACGAGGAAACCGGCUGGUUCAUGAAAACCAAACCUCUCAAGAACCCACAACGCACCGAGCUAGAAAAGGCUCUCAGCCUACAACACAUUCUGCAAAAUAACGAUGCUACAAAAAGACGCCAGAAGCUCAAACCCAAAGACUAUGACCAUCUCGCCAAUGCCGUGAGCAGAGCGUUGCCUAUUCCGGAUGUUCUGGCAAAGAAAAAU